GAACUAGUUCAAUUGCUAUUGAUAGGAUGAAGUUCAUGGCUUAGAUUGUGAUUUUGGUUGACUUCCUGAUUUCUUUACUCUGAACAUAUGUCAAAGUAAAUGUAAAAAUGGAUGUUUAUUUCUGUUUCCUCAUUCAUGUAGCAGACUUAAGUCUGUUAAUGUGAUCGGAUUGACGACAAAGAACACAACCAAGGCCCAGGGUUGUUUCUCGAAACAGAGAACUCAUGACCACUUAUCUCUCUGUAAUUUUGGCAAGUAUACCUCUACAUCCAUGGGAACCAACUCCUUAAGGAAACUGUCUUGGCUGCUUAAUGAUUAGGAUCCCUGAUUCCCUAUCAGGCAGGUCUAAUCGACGCCUUGAAACUAUCAUGGUUGCUAUGGGCAAUAGCAUUCCUGCCAUAAUCAUUUGCAUUUUAGGCAGAUAUCUGGCCCUAAAAUUUCACGUCAUAUUUCUCAUGGCACAACCGGUGUGUUGCAUCAAAAUCCAAUCUCGUUUUGCAACUACCUUCAGCAGUGUCGCCACUUUUCCUCGUGCAUUUCUGUACAUAGAAAUUGGUGGAUAUGUUAAUUGUCUGGGGAAUCUAUGCGGCUCAGACAGAAUCAGAUUCCAUAUAAUUAUGCAUACAGCAUAAUACUGUUCUCAAUGGAGAAUAGUUGAUCCCUUUCCAAGAGCAUGUUCACAUCUAUUCAAUAUUUACACAACUGUGUCUUCACGGGUAAGCUGCUAGCGCAUUAUCUUGCAAAGGAGGGAGUAAUUGUUUAUCAAGAAUCUGUGUGUAGUUGCCUUGGGGAAGAUAAAGUACGAAAAGAGGAUGGCUCUUUCAUGAAUCUUCAUUAAAGUUAUUGCGUAGGAAAAUUCCUUGAGAUUAGCUCCCAAAACAAGCUAACCUUAGCGACUAGUUUCAGAGAAUAUAUCAACCUAACUGUCAGUAGGGAUGGAGAGUUAAGUUGUCUGGCAAAGCGCCGCUACCCUGCCAACUCCCCCCACCCCUGCUGCAUCAGUGACUUGUUUCCUGAAUGGAGGCUGGCGCUACAUGCAAGACGAGCAGGCUUUCUUCAUAUGAGAGGCUGGUGGCUAUAGGCUUAGCCCUUCUAGCUGUGAUUUCUCCUCUCUAUAUCGACAGGAGACCGGUGAUUAGUGAUUCAGAACUCGAUGAGGAGCCCGUCAGCCUUGUUCCUUGGCUUCCUCUAAUGCUGUUGGUGUUGAUAUUGGCCAUCACCCUGUCAAGUUACUUGGAACGGUGCUUUACCAGGACUGAUCCUUCUUGGAUUCACAGAGUUGGUGGUUCUUCUGGUGGUCUAGUCGUGAUUCUUGUGCUUCUUGUACUGGUUUUGAAGUGUAAAGCCUAUGGAAAGAGCUGGGAGGCUUGACUGAAAUUGAGAGAGAGGGAGAAGGGUCCUGAAGAUUUUGUAUUGCUGCAUAUGGGGUAGUUUUUCAUAUCUAAGUAAUUAUCUUUUCAGAGAUGGGGGGGAAGCUUAGCAGCUUCUUGAAUGGAAUCUAGAGGUUUGUUUACAGCUAUUUUUUUAGCCACUUUCUUCUAGUGAAAGUCAUAUCUUUUCCUCCCUCCCUCUGCACACAUGCACGCACGUUUAUACGCAAACUCAAUUAUCUUCAUCAAUGCAAGUUCUAUGAAUUCCACCA